AUGUCGCACCACAAGAAACGUGUUUACCCACAGGCUCAGCUCCAGUAUGGACAAAGCGCCACCCCUCUACAGCAACCAGCACAAUUCAUGCCUCCCCAGGACCCGGCAGCAGCUGGAAUGAACUAUGGACAGAUGGGAAUGCCGCCACAAGCCGCAAUCCCCUCCACAGGCCAGCAGCAGUUCCUAACGCCUGCUCAAGAACAAUUACACCAGCAAAUUGAUCAAGCCACCACUUCCAUGAACGAUAUGCAUCUGCACAACGUCCCUCUAGUCGACCCUAACGCUUAUAUGCAGCCGCAGGUCCCCGUACAGAUGGGCACACCCUUGCAGCAACAGCAACAACCACUGGCAGCACCUUCCUAUGGCCAACCUAGCGCCGCAAUGGGCCAAAACAUGAGACCCAUGAACCAGUUGUAUCCGAUUGAUCUGUUGACGGAAUUGCCACCUCCAAUUACCGAUUUGACCUUGCCUCCCCCACCUUUGGUUGUUCCUCCAGAAAAGAUGUUAGUUCCGUCGGAAUUGUCCAAUGCGUCUCCAGAUUAUAUCAGAUCGACUUUGAACGCUGUCCCUAAGAACAGCUCCCUGCUGAAAAAGUCUAAGCUGCCAUUCGGGCUGGUUAUCAGACCUUAUCAACACUUGUACGACGAUAUCGACCCGCCUCCAUUAAAUGAAGAUGGACUAAUCGUCCGUUGUCGCCGUUGUCGUUCUUACAUGAACCCCUUUGUCAACUUUAUCGAGCAAGGCAGAAGAUGGAGAUGUAACUUUUGUCGUCUGGCCAAUGGCGUUCCUAUGCAAAUGGAUCAGAGCGAUCCGAACGACCCAAAGAGUAGAUACGACAGAAAUGAAAUUAAAUGUGCUGUCAUGGAAUACAUGGCCCCAAAGGAAUAUACCCUAAGACAACCACCCCCAGCCACUUACUGUUUUCUGAUCGAUGUCUCCCAAUCUUCCAUCAAGAGUGGGUUGCUGGCUACUACCAUCAACACUCUUUUGCAAAAUCUUGAUUCAAUUCCAAAUCACGAUGAAAGAACCAGGAUCUCCAUUUUAUGUGUGGACAACGCCAUCCACUACUUCAAAAUCCCAUUGGAUUCUGAAAACAAUGAAGAAUCUGCCGAUCAAAUCAAUAUGAUGGAUAUUGCCGACCUGGAAGAGCCUUUCUUGCCCAGACCAAACUCAAUGGUUGUAUCCUUGAAGGCCUGCAGACAAAACAUUGAAACCUUAUUGACCAAAAUUCCUCAAAUCUUUCAGUCUAAUUUGAUCACAAGUUUCGCUCUUGGCCCUGCUUUGAAAUCGGCUUAUCAUUUGAUCGGUGGCGUUGGUGGUAAAAUAAUUGUUGUUUCAGGUACUUUGCCCAACUUAGGCAUAGGGAAAUUGCAAAGGAGAAAUGAGAGCGGUGUUGUCAACACAUCCAAGGAAACUGCACAACUACUUUCCUGUCAAGACUCGUUUUAUAAGAAUUUCACCAUCGAUUGCUCCAAAGUACAAAUUACUGUGGAUUUAUUCUUGGCUUCUGAAGAUUAUAUGGAUGUUGCGUCACUAUCCAAUUUGAGUCGUUUCACUGCUGGUCAAACUCAUUUCUACCCUGGUUUCUCAGGCAAGAACCCAAAUGAUAUUGUCAAAUUUUCCACUGAGUUUGCCAAACAUAUUUCCAUGGAUUUCUGUAUGGAAACUGUUAUGAGAGCUCGUGGUUCCACAGGUUUGAGAAUGAGCAGGUUCUACGGCCAUUUCUUCAAUAGAUCGUCUGAUUUGUGUGCAUUUUCCACCAUGCCAAGAGAUCAAUCAUACUUGUUUGAAGUUAACGUUGAUGAAUCUAUUAUGGCAGACUACUGUUACAUUCAAGUAGCAGUACUUUUAUCUUUGAAUAAUAGUCAACGUAGAAUCAGAAUUAUAACCCUGGCAAUGCCAACCACGGAAUCGUUGGCGGAAGUCUAUGCAUCUGCUGACCAAUUAGCCAUAGCUUCAUUUUAUAACUCAAAGGCGGUGGAGAAGGCAUUGAAUUCCAGUUUGGAUGACGCAAGAAUAUUAAUCAACAAAUCAGUACAAGAUAUUUUAGCCACAUACAAGAAGGAAAUAGUGGUAUCUAAUACUGCGGGAGGGGCUCCAUUAAGAUUAUGUGCCAAUUUGAGAAUGUUUCCACUGCUAAUGCAUUCUUUAACUAAGCAUAUGGCAUUCAGAUCUGGUAUUGUCCCUAGUGACCAUCGUGCCUCUGCUUUGAACAACUUAGAAUCACUACCAUUGAAAUACUUGAUCAAAAACAUCUACCCUGAUGUGUAUUCGUUGCAUGACAUGGCUGAUGAGGCUGGGUUACCAGUGCAAACUGAAGAUGGCGAAGCUACUGGCACAAUUGUUUUACCUCAACCCAUCAAUGCUACCUCUUCGUUAUUCGAAAGAUACGGUUUAUACUUAAUAGAUAAUGGCAACGAAUUAUUUUUGUGGAUGGGUGGUGAUGCCGUGCCAGCAUUAGUAUUUGAUGUGUUUGGAACCCAGGAUAUCUUUGACAUUCCAAUAGGCAAACAGGAAAUACCUGUUGUGGAAAAUUCCGAAUUUAAUCAAAGGGUAAGAAACAUUAUCAACCAAUUGAGAAACCACGACGAUGUGAUCACUUACCAAUCAUUGUAUAUUGUUAGGGGAGCCUCUUUGAGCGAGCCUGUUAACCAUGCAUCUGCUAGGGAAGUUGCAACCCUAAGACUAUGGGCUUCUAGCACUUUAGUAGAGGAUAAGAUUUUGAAUAACGAAAGUUACAGAGAAUUCUUACAAAUCAUGAAAGCCAGAAUUAGCAAAUAA